GAGGCAGCCUCGGGCAGCGCGAGAGCUGCUCUGGCGUUGCCUCCGGGGCCCGCUGGCAGCCGGCGGCGGCGCUGACGAGGACGACGAAGCUGAGGACGGCAGGCGCAGCUCGUUCCAGGCCAUGGCGGCCACCGUGGAGCCGUACCGCCGCCGGUGCGGGCCCGGUCCCGCCCGGCGGCGUCGUCGACGGCAGCGCCUCGUCCGGGAAGGUCGCCCAGAGGUCGGUGCGAUGGCGUCGUCUGCGCGCUAUAUUUAGUCGUCAGUCUCUUCGCGUGGGAGACUAUGACCCCGAGCGAAUGGCAGUCCUCGUGCGCGAUUGGGCUCGCUAGCUGCCGGCUCCGCGCCGAGUAUCUGGCAAGGCAACUUUACUGCAAGCCUUUCACUUCCAUGGAUGACCGGCCCACUGCUGUGGUGCGCUGUCCGCCGUGCCGUCAACAGACGCAGUCGUCCACUUCUGUCAACGGCUCGACAGGAUCCUGGCCCAGCCCCCCGGCGGCGCAAGACGCCUCCAACUUCCUGGUGCGUACUGGCCGCGCUCUCUACGACCGGCUCUUUUCCUUGCUCCAAGAUCAAGCCAGCGACUGCGUCGUUCAGUACUGCGAGCAGGGUUCCAACGCGGAUGACCCUUCGCCGUCGUCUUCUGUCGACGAACCUGCCGACGCACUGGCGUCUGAGCAAACAGCCCUGGUUGCUGCUGACUCGUGCGGCCGGAACGCUGUUGUCGUAGAGGAACCCCGAAGCGCCGCUUUGUCUGAGCGCCUGCCUCAGAGCCCCGCCGUCGUUUCCGACGCGGUGCCCGGCCUCCCUCCCGAGCUGGAGGUCAAAAGCGCUGAGAAUGUGAAAGGUGAUGCAGAAGAGGAGCCGCGCCGCUACCCAGCUGAGCGAGACGUAGUGCGCGCCGCUCUGGCACAUCGCGUCCCGGACGACAGCUUUCCCUUCCCUAUCGUGCAAGAGCUGGUUCGGCCUGGCGUGCUAGUGCACAACGAGAGCGACUCCUCGUGCGACCUCUCCGAUGACGCCUUUCACGACGCCGCUGACGGGCUGGCCGAGGAAUUUCGCGAUGGUAGCGGUUCAUCAGAGACCAGCACCGAGGAAAAGGCACUCGUCACGCCGAAUGAGUCUGCCAAGGCUGCUGCUGCUGCUGCUGCCCCGGACAACGCUCCUACCACCACUGACAACGUGGCCAAAAUCUCUUCUCCGGCUUCCUCGCCUCCCGCCAUUUCGUCGGUGGCCACUUCACCCACUGCGGAAUCCUUGUCAACCAGCGGCAGCAGCUCGGCACAGGGGGCGUCUCCGAGCCGGCCACGGUCAUCGCGCUUCUCGAAGCAUCGUUUCGCCGAGGCUCCCCCAUGUAAGGUGACACCCAAGCCACCUGCACAGCCGGAGCAUGCGGUUGACGAGUCGUCGUCGUCCUCGUCCGAGACGCUGUCACCCGUCGUAGACACCAAGAUGCCGCCGGCCACUCCGCCCAAGCGGGACUCCGCAGACAGCGACGAUGAUGAGAGUGGCCGCGCCGUCCUGGUUCGCAGCACGUCGCUCAAGAGCGGCAAGAGUCCACCGGGUACGCCGUUCAAGAAGAAGAUCGUGCGCUUCGCCGACGCACUGGGUCUCGACCUGGCUGCCGUGCGAACCAUCGUGUCCGAGGAGCUGCCCUUUGUACCGGCCUCCGCCUUCACACACCUCCAGCUGGCGCCGCUCGUGCGGUCACCACCUCCGUGCACGCUCGAGCUGAAGGCGCUGUUCUCGCAGCCCGGCGCCAGUCCAACCUUCAUGACCCGGCUGACGAGCCAACGCGUCUGCCUCGAGUCGGUUGUGUCGUCGGGCUGCGCCCUUCACGCUGUCAUACGGGUGUUGAACGUGGCCUUCGAGAAGCUGGUGGUACUGCGCUACUCGCUGGACAACUGGCGGUCCUUCUGCGACCUGCGUGCCGUCUACCUGCCGGGCUCGUCGGACGGCAUCUCGGACCGCUUCGGUGUCGACGUCUACCUCACGCCCCAAGGCGACGCGCAGCUGCAGAUGUGCGUGCGCUACGUGGUCGGAGACCAGGAGUACUGGGACAAUAAUGACGGCGCUAACUACUGCUUCGAGUUCCGGGACUCCCCUAAAGACGAGCCCGAAGUGACGCCCCUGAUGAACUACCUCUGACCCGAGCGGAGGCCAGGACCCUAGUAUUUAUUUGUGUGCGCGCGUAUAGCUGUACAGGAACGAAUGUGUGGCUGAGGUGGACUUGAUUCGCGCUGUGCGUCCCUAGCUCCAAGACAUAGGUUAGCAAUAAUAAAUGGACAUGCCAGACGGGAUCUGCUUGCCGACCCGCGACCGUAUGUGCGAGGACUGUGGCCGACGUGUCCGCGCUGGUGGCCACACGGGAAAAGCGCGGGGCAUCCCGUGGGUCGUUCCUUCGUAUUUAUUUAUUUGUUUAGUGCGGGGGCGUACGCCAGUGAUGUAUAAAGAGCAGCGAUGUUGUGGUCGUCUUUCAGAGUAGCCUGCCUGCAUUUUUCAUGAUGGAAGGUAUAUUUUCAGAAAUUUGGGUCGACAAAUGCCUUAAAAUUAUUCCGCCGAAGUUUAAACGAAGUGCGUGAUGCGGGUGUUCACGUUAACCAGAAAAGAAAUAAAUGUUUCGUGAAAGCAGUACA